UUUUUGGGUCUCCCAAUCUCCGAUAAAGUACGUCAUUGGAGCGACACGCCAGUGCAGGCACACGUUUUUUUGUGUGUUAACGCGCCUUUACCAGAAAUGGCCGCGGUCCAGGAAUCAAAGAAACGAAGCAGGAAGCAGUACACGAACUAUGCAGCCAAAAAGCAGAGGGGCUGCGGCGCCAGGGAGCUGGAGGUGGGCAUGCAGGGCAUACUGCUCACCUGCAACAUGAACCAGAGCAAGUGCACGGCAGAGGCCUACAGCCUCCUGAACGAGUACGCAGACAAGCUGUACGGGCCAGAGAAGUUCACAGAGGAGGAGAGGAACAGCGAUGAGGAAGAGAAGGUGGAUGAUGACGAUGACGAUGCUGAAGCUGCCUUGAAGAAGGAGGUGAAACAGAUUCGCUCGUCAACAGCAAAGAAACAACGGCGAUUCCUGGCCAUGGAGAGCGGCGCCAACAACGUGGUCUUUGUGAGGACUCUGAAUAUAGAUCCAGGUAAGCUAGUACACCACAUCCUCCAAGACCUGCACACAACGAAGAAAAAGAAAUCGCGAGUGAUCCUGAGGAUGCUGCCCGUGAGCGGGACCUGCAAAGCGUUUAUUGAGGAGAUGGAGAAAUACCUGGGGCCCUUCCUGGAGAGCUGGUUCAAAGCCCCUAACCAGGGCACCUUUCAGAUCGUUUUCAAAGCUCGCAACAGCAGCCACGCCAAGAGAGACGAAGUCAUUAAGCUUCUGGCAGGUAAGCUUGCUCUAAUAAAGUGGAACCCUAAGAAUAAAGUGGACCUGACUAACCCAGAGUUCACUAUCAUCGUUGAGAUCAUCAAGAGUGUGUGCUGCGUGAGCGUGGUGCGGGACUACGUGCUCUUCAGAAAGUUCAACCUGCAGGAAGUGGUUAAGAACCACAAAGAACCAGAAGACCUCCCGUCGAGGGUGGAGAACUGCGAAGAAGAGAAGGAAGAGAGUGCCAAAGAGACAGAGAGUAAAAGCCGUCGCUCGGAAGAGUGCAGCGUGGAGACCCCCAAGCAGGAGUCGACUCUGACAGACAAUCCCAUCAAGCUGGAGUGAUGGGGGUUGAAGGAGAGACCAGCCUUGCAUCGGGACUCUGCGUGUUUGUGAUGCUCAGCUUAGCUGUUGAAGGAACAGGCAAGAUUGCAUUGGAUGAUCUGUACCAGUAGAGUUAAAUAUUUUUGGUCUUGUUUUUCGUUGUUUUAUUGCAAACAGGAAAACAAAGCAAGUUUAUUAUGCAAGACUAGUUUUAAUAAAGUUGUUGUGGUUUCCCACGUAAGCGAUCCCUUUAACCCUUGAUGUCUGUGCUGGACACUUGCCAAGCAUGAAGCAGGGUGGUUGAGAGACAGGCGAAUGUGAUGAUACUGUAGUAUGUAAACUUGGUGUUCAAACCUGUUUUUUUUUUAAA